CAGUGCGAACCUUCCGCUGCUCUGCUUUCUUCUCCAACAUGGAAUUUCGCGCCGCGCGGCUCGCAGUACUGCAACUGCUCCGUACGGUGGCUCCGGCAGACCUCCCAGCGCUUCUGCAGUGGAUGCGAACUACCCGAGAUUUUGAUGAAUUCACUCAAGACAAUAACGACAUUAUGUUGAAAAACAUAGCAGAAGACCUUCGGAAUUACUUACCUCUAGAAACUAUGCUUUCCUCAGAACAUCUAGCCCUCCAAAAAAUACAGCAGCAGCCAGAACCCACAGUUCACGUUGAUGCAUUCCUUUAUGAUGAAGACUUUAUUGAUUCAUUAUGUGAGGAAGGAAAAAUGAGCAGAAACUACUGUAUGGCGUGCGGUUCACAUCAGACGGCACCUCUAGGGUUUAUUUCUCAUUCCUUCUCUCUCAUGGAAUUGAAAUUCAUUUAUCAUCACGUACUCCCUGAUCUGUCGGGAAAGGUCUUGGUUGACGUUGGCUCCAGGCUUGGCACCGUCCUUUAUGGGGGUUAUCUUUACAGUUCAGCAUCACAACUGUAUGGAGUAGAACUGAAUGGUGACUUUUGCCAGUUGCAGGAAAUGGUCAUAAAAAAGUAUCAGUUCACUGACAGAAUAAAGGUGCUUCAUGCAGACAUUUGUACACAAGGUUCACUUCUGCAGAAUGCUGAUGUUAUUAUAAUGAAUAAUGUCUUCGAAUAUUUUCUUGAUAAGGCAGAACAGGCCAGAGCCUGGGAAUAUAUCUGCCAUAAUGUAAGGAAACAAGGGUCGUUAUUAGUGACAGUGCCAGGUCUGGAAGAUUCUCUCUCAGGUCUUCAGGUUAAUAUACAGUUACCUCCUUGGGUUGAAGAGAUACCUCUGAACUAUGAUGUAUUCCCAGAAAAGGAUAUUGACAGAGAAGCUCUUGAACAAAUACAUUUAUACAAGAUUCUCUGAAACUAAAAUAGUCCUGCCUUGGUGUAAAAUAAUUACAAAAUAAUU